AUGGAUCAAGCCCAAGUUGUUCAAGAAGAUGCUCAGAGCCCGAUUGUUGAACCAUCCCAGGUUCAGGAUAAUGUUCAAAGUCCAGUUUUUGGCAAAGGUUUCAACUUUCUAGCUGAAAAAACGUUUGCCUCAGGAAGUUCCUCUGCUCCAUCACUUCUAGAGCAUUAUGUCUCAUCUGGAAAGCUAGCCAUGAUACUUGCUUUUCAAGAUUCUAUUUCUCAAUCCAAAGGAAAAGGAAUAUCUAUCGGCUCUAGACAAGGGAGUGAUGAAGAUUCUCAUCAAAUUAUCUUUGAGCUUAAACAGGAGAUUGUGUCUUUGAGUCUUGAAAAAGAGAACUCUAUUAAAUAUGCGAAGAUUUAUGAACUUCAAGCAAAUCUUGGUGGUAUAAAUGAUUUACUCUUUGACUUGAAACAGCAUUUAUAUCAAAAGUUUGGUGAUGAUUUCCAACCUUUGAGCUCUGAAGGCGAAAAGAUUACAGCUUCUACUUCUAAUCCAGUUAAUCCAUCUUCUCAAGGUGUAAGUGAGAGGUUUGUUAGACCUGCUCUGGAUGCAAACCUUGACACUUUUUUAUCUUCUGGUCCUUCUGCUCAAGAAAGGAGAGAGAAGCAAGCACGAAUUGAGGAGCUAAAGGGGAAGAUGAAAAUGUGGGUAGUAAAGCGAAAGAGCAAGCGAGUUGAGUACUAUGAGAAGUCAGUUGACUUUAUGUCCUGGACUAAAAUUGAUCUUGCUGAACUUAAUCGUGCUCCCUUCCACAAUCCAACCAAUAAUUAUGUAGCCUGGGAUUUUAAGAGAUUUCUUAAGACUCAAGUUAAAAAUAAAUUUGAGGGCAUGAAGAUUGUUUCAUCGUUCACGAGAAAGGCUAAAUAUGUCAUUGAUCCUCGAACUAAUAAAACCUUGGUGAACGUCAUGUGGCCACCCACAAAGAAAGUUAAAAGGAUUCCAGUUCCUAAACGUGUUCCAGAAGGCUCUUUGGACUCGAUGUAG